CGCCAGCGCUGGCCCCAUGGAAUCCCUCGGCUUGCUCGCCAGCCCAAGAGACCAACAGUCGACGCGGUGUCGCUUUCCCGAGCCUCAGGACGCUGGUGCAGACGAGAUUAUCACUAAUGAGGCAUCGGAGACGAAGAAUACUCGACGAAGGAGGCAGUCAAGGGAGCUCCGACGUUUUAGUGAUCUGUAUACUCGUCCCUGGUUUGGAUGGCUGUUCGCCUACACUUUCGUGCUGUUCUGCUUCUCUCUGUCGCGAUCCUUGGCUCUUGGAGCUCUGGUCGAGAUGUACGGCAGUCCUCAAGACUAUACUAUGGGAUUCAAGACCGCAGCAUUGGGCCUUGGACUCAUGGAGGAUUUUGUCUGCACGACCUACUUCGUCUGCAUCUUGUGGGCUUUCGACGUUUUGAAACGCCGAGUCAUUGAACAGCCGAAUACCAAGGAUGGCGGGGUGGCUACGGGCGUUGCUGGGAAUGUUGCAACGCUUGUGGUAUCAUCGCUGCUUUUUGUUGCCGUAAUGGCUCCGUUCGUCGUGGACUUGAUGCUCGUUGCGUUCCGCAACAUGCGCUUUACGUUUGACCUCGUGGCUGCAUUGCUUCGAGAAAGACAUCACUUAAAUGCUGCCCCAAUAUCAACCGAGGAGAUCCAGAGAGGGUAUGAGGCUGCAACUGUGUUGGUGAUAGUCGCUGGAGUUUUUGGGUUUGUGCGUAUGUCGACUAGUGCAACGGAUCUAUCGAACUGGAAUCCAACGCACGUGGUGGCGGAAUAUCUCGAUCCUCGAACACGUAGUGCAGUCGGUGGACCCAAGUACGUGGCGCUUAGUCUAGAAGAUGGCACAGCCAAUGAGGCAUCAGAAAGCAAAGCGGAUGAUCCAGAUACUGGCAGAAAGAAGCUCAUUUAUCACCAGCUAGCUGUCGUCUUGAUGGGUCUCGUUGUCUUCCCCGUUGCUGUGAUCGCGCUAAGCAGCACUUGUUCGCCCCUCGUUGCGUAUUCUGGGCUGAACGCGACGCUCAACGAACUGUUUGGUCACGCGUUGCAACCUACACCGACUGAUGCCUUGCUAACAGGCGUACAAGGUGACCAACCUUGGGUGGAGAUGUACAUUCACCCAACCGAGCAACAUGAACUCUUCGGGAACGAUACACUCUACCGUCGAACUACUGGAUUCCAAGGAGGCCUCGCCUUUGAUGUCGACGUGUCAAACGACAACCCGCCUAAUGUAUUGGUGAUCGGUGUUGAGUCUUUCCGGUUCCAGGAUUCUCGCUAUCUUGUUGGAGAAGAAGACCCUUCCAACCUGUUUAAAGGAACCAACUUGACUAUCACGCCCAACUUCGACAAGUGGGCGAAGCGUGGAGUGGCUCUCCGUAAUAUUUGGUCAAGUAACCCCACCAGUCGGUCACUGGAGAGUUUGUUGUUCGCUCAAGUUCCGUACGACAGCGCUACGAAAACUGGCAUCACUGGCGGCAGGAAGGACACGAAGCUUGCUGGAUUGCCUCAGCUAUUCGACGCCAAGGGAUACGAUACCUUCUUCACCACAGGAUCAUCGAUAACUCUUGACAAGUGGAACGUGUUCCUGCCUACCCAUGGCUACAAGGAGGUGUGGGAAGCCAAAGCGAUGCUCACAUUGGGCGAAAAACAUCUCAAGAUUAAACGUCACCAAUGGUUCGGUCCCGAACACUACGCAUUCAACUGGGGAGUUCACGACGACUUGAGCUUUAGACUUCUAGGAGAUUUAUUGCGUGAAAGGACGAGGAGGCAGAAACGGCGCGUGGCGAAGGGCGAGCCAAAGAAACCUCUCUUUCUCACGCACUAUACCAUCUCGAGUCAUGGACCAUUUAAGGCACGACCGACGUGGUACGCGAAGUCUGCUAAACCGGACUUCUCUGCAUUGUAUGAGGGACACGAGCGUGCUGCGAACAUUCAAAAUUAUCUGGAGAUGCGGUACUUUACCGACAUGGAGCUGGGCAAGUUCAUGGAUCGUAUGGAGAAGGAGGGUAUUCUAAACGACACGAUCGUUGUCAUCAUGGGAGACCACGGCCAAGCACCAGAGGCUGAGAUCAUGAACACUCACGAGGAAUCCGUGACUCGUGUGGCAGGCGCCAUUAUUGCUGAAGGCCGACUCGGUAAAUAUGUUGGUUCUGUCAUCGACGACGCUGCUGAACAGUACGAUAUCCUCAACACUCUAGCAGACAUUACUGGUUUACCGGAGGGAGGCUUUAAUCAGACUGGUGUCGGCCGUUCGCUCAAGCGCAAGGCGAAAUACGGAGAGCGUCCAGUCUACAGCAACGACCCGAACCGUAAAAUGGCUAUUGUACGCGGCCAUCAGCGUCUUCGCUACGAUCGUGUGACGGACUCGGUGCUGCUGCAUGAUACCGAGAGAGACCAUGCCAUGACUACCGAUUUGUUCCCAGAGCUCUCGCCUGAAAAGCAAGAAGAGUGGAAAGCCUUGCGCGAUAGUGGUCGACGGAUCACAGCGUAUUACAAAAAGCGGUGGGACGAGAAUUGCUUGUUGGCCGUGGAUUGUACUGGAGAUGCAAGCGAAUAGAUAUGAAGCUAGCUAUAUUAUGAAAUACGACUUCAGCGCAACACCGUCUUAGUGUUUGAUUGCUUUUACAAACGAUAGGGACAAAAUACAUCAAAAACUUUGCG